UAUGCAAAGGCCAUUUUUCUGAGAGGCCAUAGCCUUCUUUCAUCAGUGUGUCAAAAAUCAUGAGAAUCUCUGCUUUGAAAGCCUCUGCCCGAGCGCUGCCUAGUGUGAGCCCCCAGUGGCCUCACAUUGGCUUUUAGAGCAGCAGAGAAGUCACCUACCAGUCCUCAGAAUCCUGGAUGAAGGCCUCUUCUCCAGGAGGACCUGUUUAAAGGUUUUCUCUGACGCGUGCCUAGAGGCAGGAGUGACCUUCUGUUAGGCAGGAAACCCUGAGAGCACCUAGGAGGCCCCUAGCCUGUGGGCCGGGGAGGAAAGAUAGGACCCCUGGUGCCACUCAAAUGCUGGAGCUCUCAGCGACCCGAGUUCUGGUCCCUUCUGCCGCUCUGGGCAGAUCCCCUCAGGCUCCCCACAGGCGCUGUGUCCAGCUCAGUCUGCCUGACUCCGCUUUCCCGUCUUAGGCCUCACGCAGGUGGGCCCUUUCCUGCUUGCCCUCUGCCCUCCCACCCUCUCUGGCCCUGCCCAGCCUCUGCCAGUCUGUGUGCCUCCCAGGAGCCAGGAUACUCCCUGAGUCCUCUGGAAGCCCCUAAGCCACACUGAGAACCCAGACCCUGGGAGGAGCAGCCAGCAGUGAGGAAUCCUGGAAUCCCUUCCCAGGGAGAGCCUUCCCAUGACCUCCAGGAAGAGAUCAGUGCAAACACAGGUGUCAGCGUCCCUGCUGGAGUACUGGGAUGAGGAGUCCCUGCCGGAGCUCCCUGCGGAGCCAUCCCUGACGGAAUACUCCGACCUCGAAGAGGCUCCCUCGGCACACACUCUCUAUGUGGGCCAUCUGAACCCUCAGUUCUCAGUGCCGGUGCUCGCCUGCCUGCUGCGAGAUGCCCUGGAGCGGCUGGAGCUGCCGGUGGGACGGGAGCACAUCGAGGUGGUGAGGCGGCCGCGGAAGGCCUAUGCACUGGUGCGGGUGACCAUCCGCAGGGACACCCUGGCCUCCCUCCCCUGGCGCCUGCAGACAGCCCUGGAGGAGCACCUAAUCCUCAAGGAGCUGGCAGCCCAUGGAAAGGUGCUGCUACUGAGUGAGGCUCAAGGGCCCUUCAGCCACAGACACAAGGAGGAAGACAGUGGCCUGAACCCUGGCCCCAGCCCUAACCCAGGCUCUAGUGUUCCGCUGCCCGCCUGGCCUACAUACAAGCAGCCUGAUAGGCCCCAGGCUUGGCAGCAUCAGAGCUGCCAGACCCGGCCCAGUGGCGUGUGCUCCGAUAGUGCCAUUGUGCACCAGGAGAUCGUGGGCAAGGAGCAGCUCUUCCAGGGUGCUUUCCUGGGCAGCGAGACCCGCAACAUGGAGUUCAAGCGGGGCAGCGGCGAGUACCUAAGCCUGGCCUUCAAGCACCACGUGCGGCGCUACGUGUGCGCCUUUCUCAACAGCGAGGGCGGCAGCUUGCUUGUGGGAGUAGAGGACAGCGGCCUGGUGCAGGGCAUCCGCUGUGGCCACCGUGACGAGGACCGCACACGGCUGCUGGUGGACUCCAUCCUACAGGGCUUCAAGCCCCAGGUCUUUCCUGACGCCUACACCCUCACCUUCAUCCCUGUGAUCAGUACCUCGGAGACCAGCGUCCCCCUCAAGGUGAUCCGCCUGACUGUGCACACCCCCAAGGCCCAGAGCCAGCCGCAGCUCUACCAGACAGACCAGGGCGAGGUGUUUCUGCGGCGUGAUGGGAGCAUCCAGGGCCCACUGUCCGUCAGCGCCAUCCAGGAGUGGUACAGGCAGAGGUGGCUGGUGGAGCUGGGCAAGCUGGAGGAGAAGGUGAAGGCGCUGACGAUGGAGAAAGAGCAGCUCCAGGAGCAGCUGCAGCAGCGCAGGCCGGUGUCUUGCACCUGCUGUGUCCUGUGAGGGCCUGGGGAGCGGCAAGACGGCGUGGAGCUCUCCACCCAAGAUGCAGGGGUUUCCCAUUUGAGCCUAAGGCUGACCAAUAAAGCCCAUGCGGGCCACUGAGACGUGGACAGGGGCUUCUUCAACAUGGCACACGAGCAGGUGCCCAUGUGGCUUCAACCCUGACAGACCCCAAUCUGUUUAGCUAAGAAAUUGGUCUCAGCCCUGUCUCCAAGCAAGCUUACUUUCAGAAAGAAGGUGUUCCCCUAAGGCUGAGUUCCAGAGCUCCCCUAGAGCUGAGCUGUAAGAGAUUGUCCCUUUCCCUAAAACACUCAUUUGGCCCAGGUUGAGGUCUGUGACUCCAGUUGGCUAGACAGUGCCAGAGAUCGGUCGUCUCAGGAAAGGCCCUCGCAAAUGGCAUGGCAUAUUUGGUGACUGGUUACAGGGCAAGAGGCCACCAUGCAGCCCCCACCCAAUUUGCUGGAACUUGUGACUGUCAAAGCUCCAUAAUAAAUUACAUGCACCUGG